UCAGACCGCUGCGCGAGCCGCAAGUCCAGGCUUCAGAGAAUACGUACUGGGUCUUUCGUCAAGUUCCUUUUGAUGGGCGACCACGGUAAGGCCGUCGAGCAACCUUUGUCAAAUUGCAAGUGUUACACUACUCACUUACGCAUCCUGCCAUGACUACAUAUAAAAAGCGUUUCCCCGACCACGAUCAUGUUAUCUCACCCCCCACUAACUGACAUGAUGUGGGUUGCAUUGCUCAUCCUUUCAGGCCUUGCCCGAGCAGCUAUCCCUAAUGCCAUGCUUCGUGGCAUGCAGUCUCUCCCCAAGCUCUCAGCACCUCAACGUUCUAUCAUUUCACCAAAUGGCACAGCACUCGAUAUUACGACUGUUUAUCACUUCGACCAGCUCAUCGACCACGAUAAUCCAGGCCUCGGAACCUUCAAGCAACGAUAUUGGAUGAACUGGGAGUGUUAUGAACCUGGCGGUCCCAUUAUAUUGAUGACGCCUGGAGAAGUGGAUGCAGAUGGAUACGAAGGCUACACUACCAAUGACACGCUCAAUGGUCUCAUCACCCAACAACAAAAUGGUGCAGCCAUCCUCAUCGAGCACCGUUUCUUUGGUUAUUCCAAUCCAUACGACAACCUUACGCCAAAAUCCCUAGCUCUCCUCACCAUCCAGCAGGCUAUCGAUGAUCUCGUAUAUUUUGCCACCACGGCCGACCUUCCUAUGCCUGGUGGUGAUGCUGUGAAACCAGGUCAGGCUCCGUGGAUAUUGAUCGGAGGGAGCUACUCGGGAGGCCUCACAAGUUGGACGAUGGUCAACAAACCGGGAAUUUUCUGGGCUGCAUAUGCAUCUUCUGCCGUCGUAGAAGCCAUCACCGACUUUUAUGGUUAUUUCACACCUAUUCGCGAGUACAUGCCACAGAACUGUUCAUCUGAUGUACAGGCAGUGGUUGCAUAUCUGGAUGAGAUGUUCACGGUUAAUGACACCGCUGGAAUUCAGACGCUCAAGGAAACAUUUGGCCUCGGCGAUGUUGUACACGUAGACGAUUUCGCCAGUGCACUCCUAUACACCUUGUACGAGUGGCAAUCUCUGCAGCCUGACGUUGGCCCAGGGGCAAUGUUCUUCCAGUUCUGUGAUGCACUCGAGGUUAAGAACGGUGUCAGUGCCGGACCUGAGGGAUGGGGACUUGAAAACGCCAUCUACUCUUGGGGAAACUUUUGGAAUACUACAUACUACGACGAUGUCUGUGGAUCCGAGGAUGCUGAAACUUGUCUUGGGACGUAUAACACGAGCCAGUCCUGGUGGACUGAUGUUACCGUGAACAAUCCAGGCAGGUCGUGGUUUUGGAUGGUGUGCAAUCAAGUCGGAUGGUACCAGGUUGGCCCCCCUGAAGGCCAGCCCGCAAUUGUGAGCCGCAUCCUGCAACCCAUUUACGACGAGCGCCAAUGCGUGAACAUGUUUCCUGAAGCGUUUACCUAUCCACCUCAGCCGACCACUACACAGACCGACACGAUGUAUGCCGGUUGGAACGUGAAUGUUCCACGUCUCUUCUUCGCCAACGGCCUGCGCGAUCCUUGGCGUGAAGCAACUGUCUCUGCUGAUGGACUGAAUAAGCCUAGCAAUCCCAACAUGCCGAUCUAUGAGGGCGAUGGAUUCCACUGCUCAGAUCUAAUCACGGAGAAUGGUUAUGUAGACCCGACCAUUGCAGCCGUGCAGGAAGCAGCAUUGAUGUACAUGAAGGAGUGGCUUGCUGAGUGGAAGCCUAAUGCUUGAUGAUUUAUAUAGAUAUAUUUCUGGGACCAACCCGGUUCAUAAUGACUCAUGCUGUUUUAUGUUUCAGACUUUCAGUGGAAGAAUUUUAAUGGUGC